UGGGCGAGGUAGGGCGGAACGUGUGUGUGUGUGUGUGUUUUGGGUACGCUCACUCACUCACUCACUGCGUGUUCGUGCGCAAUACUCUCACUGGGUCACGACUGAGGUUGACUCUUGAGGGCUCAUAUGAUACAUAGCCGUUCUGGAAACUAUUCCCAACGAGUCGUUGCUAUGCGAUCUCAAUUUCUCGAGAGUGCGAGAUUGUAUGUGAGAGAGAGAGGGCGAGCACAAUAGGUACGGUAAUAUAGGUUAUCAUAGGUUAUCAUAGGUUGUCAUACGGUAGUAACUAUGAGUAGAGUAGUACCGUAUGAGUAUGAGUGAGUAAACCUGAGGGAGGAUGAGGAGCGAAUGCUCCGCCCCGCCCGCCCGCCUCCGCACUCUACGAGGUACUCUACUGCUAGAGUAUACGACUGGAGUAUACUGCUAGAGUAUACCCCGCGGAUGUGUGGACGUACGGACGUUAACUCAGGCAGCAGAACAUGCCGCGAGAUGGUUUCGGAUUUCAGGUCUUCAGGUCUCGAGCUUUCAGGUCUUCAGCACCCUAGCAUCAGAUCAAGGAAGCCGGACUGCGGCCACAGGCCGUGGACCGCUAGGUCAGCCGUAGGUAUAUGUGCAUACGCCCUCUACGUACGUAGGGUAUGCUUUGUAUACUAUGCUACAUCUUUCUUGGCCACAUCAUGCAUUUACAUCUCUCUCGCUCUCUCUCUCUUCCACUCUUCCGGCGAGGGAGGGAGGAGGGAGGGAGGAGGAGGCAGGGAGAAGACGGUCAGGGUGGAAAGUGGUGUAUCUAGAGGAAGCAGAAAGUGCCGUGUCUUGGGCUGUGUGUGCGUGCGUGUGUGUGUGGGAUGUUGAUCUCCCGCAUUCGCGACAAUCUCAGCUGCAUACAUAUCAUAC